AUGUCGCGAGCUCGACAAUCCAAAGGCGCAGGGGGCGCAACCACGGCUCGAAGAAAUCCUCUGGCCUCUCUGAGGAUGGCCGACAUGGUGAUCUCGAAGCCGUAUCUGCCGCUGGAAAUCAUAGCUAUGAUCGUCGACCACCUCAGCGGACCCGAUAUGAUCCGUUUCGCGCGCGUGUCACGCCGAAUGCUGGAAAUGAUAUACGAUGACACUCGCUGGAUAGCACGUCUUCGCAGUAUGGACUGUUGGAACGAACUAGCGGCGAGACAGAAGACUGGAGACAGCGUGCGCGGCAUACAGACUCCGCAACCACGACGGACCAGCACAAUAGAUCAGACCCUGGUGAAUGGCAAAGGUAGACCCAGGAUCGACAUCACAGGAGAUGGCUUCGACGAAGUGGAGGUCGCCUCGCCCAUACCGCAGACUCCUGGCGCGGUCCUCGAGCUAGAUCCAAGGACGGCUUUGGCAGUCUUCGAUCGCGUGCGUUCUGUCAGAGGCAGGGCCCGUCACGAGUAUGGCAAGAUAUAUCGUGCUCUGGGCCGCUUCUACAUUGAUGCCUUGAAGGUGGAAAGGCCUAUGAACGCUUCAAUUUUCAAGACCUACACUCUGCCCGAAGAGCAGGCGACGAUUCUCUCGCAUAUUCGUCGAUUCGCAAACAGCGACUUCUCGCCUGGUGGGGCUCAGCGCGAUGACAAGAUCCUAGAGAUCGUCAAAGUAUUUGACACUGCUGCCCUGCUAGAGUUCCGACAGGGCUACGAAUAUCGUGACAUUCAAGGCCAAAUGAGGCAAUACGCCCAUGUGAUACACAUUCUAAACGGUGGCAGCAGUGCAAUCGACUUGUUUCUCGACGAUAAUCGGAUGAUCCAGAAACGAUCUGAGCUCGGAAGUGCCUCAGAUUGUAUCGACUAUUCGCAAGGAUGGGGUCAGCUGUCGCUCGAACGGGUCAAUGCAUAUUUCGAACGUCUCGCUGCGGCAUUCGCAGAGGAAGCAGCCGUGGUCAGGACUGUAUUCCCAAACCCCGAGCGGGUCCUCCUCCACCUACUUGAUCGGACCGGCCAGCAGAUCCUGUCACCCUUCCUGAGCGACCUUUUCGAGGACGCCCGUGGUCGCAGUACAGCUGUAUAUCUUCGAACCAUAUCGGGCACCUUCGCAGCUACACGACAGCUUAUUGCUGAAUGCGGUGUGAGCAGUGAUUCUAGCGACGAGGCACAGAUUCGUGCGAACGCCGUCAUCGCCCAGAUCUACGGACCACAUCUGGAGAGCUACCUGGAGGAGGAACUACAGGCGUUCAGAAAGAAAGCCGACCAAGAAGUCGAGACCUGGAGUCGUGCUCUGCGUGACCAAGCAGAGUCCACCGAGUCCUUUCUGAUGUCGAACGUCAAUAGACAGGCCGAUAAGAAGGACUUCAUGACUUCGUUCAAGAAAGUUGUCAUGAUGCCAGUGGCUUUACUUCCCAGCUUCAGCACGGCAACAGAGAAGAAGACAGCGGCGAAAACCCUGGUCAAUGGCGAUCUGCCUUCGCGUACCUCGACACCCAAUCCGCUAUCGCAACACAGGUCCGCGACACCGUCACUUCCCGCCGAAGCGCCCACGACCGAGCUCGCUGCCAAAGCUGCGUUGAUGAACUCUCGUCUCGACAAUAUCAAGUCUCUCUUCUCCAUCGAAGUUGCGCUGAACCUCGUUCAUGCCGCGAAGUCCUCACUAGAACGCAUCGCCCAAUUCAUUGCUUUAGGCGACAUCCAUGGCGAUCGCUCCCGCACUACCUGCAGCGCUAUCUUCCGUUCCCUUCUCCACGCCAUCGGCGACCAGCACGUCAAGCCCGGGUUCGACACCGCCAUCGACCACCUCUCUCAUUUCCAAUCCCGUAAUCCCGCAACCACCGCCUCCUCGCCCAACGGCACCAAUAACACUCCAACCUCCACCAGCCAACAAGUUGCUCCACUGACCACCUUCCUGGAGCUCGUCAACGUCGGCGACCUAAUUCAGCAAAUGAUCUCAGUCUUCUUCGAAUCCGAACUCGUUCGCCUCCGCGUCGUCAAACGAGACGACUACCUCGACGCCAACGUCAAAUCCAAGAAGCAAUUCGAAGCCAUGCUCGACGAACGUGUCGCUUCCGGACUCGGCAAGGGCAUUGACGUUCUCAUCGAGGAAGUUGAGUACAUCUGCGCCACCACGCAGUCGCCCACGGACUUCAAUCCUCCCGACAACAUCUGCAUCGACGUCGGCCCUACUACUACAGCUACGCGCGUCAUCGAGAUCGUUGGUGGGCACACCGCCAUGCUACACGGUGCAACUGAGAAGACCCUGCUGGAUGUUUUCGUUGGCGAGGUCGGGCUUCGCUUGUUCGCGGCGUUGUGCAAGCACAUCAAGCGUCAGCGUAUCUCUACUUCUGGCGCUAUCCCUCUGAUCAGCGACAUGUCUCUGUACGCGAAGUAUAUUGCGACGUUCCGCAAUCCGGAUCUGAAUAAUUACUUCAUUGCACUGCGGGAGGUGGCUCAGAUUUACCUUAUUGGUGGAGAGAAGGAACGGGACAUUAAGGAGAUGGCGGGUGUGAUCAGUGACAGUGAGCGAUUUAGGGGGAUAUUUGGGGUCGAAGAGGUGGUUGAGUUCGUGGAGCGGAGAGCAGAUUGGUUGUUGCUAGCAUCCACCAACAAACAUGACUCGGAACCCGAUGACACCUACGAGGCUCUCGUCGAGGAUGUUAGAUCAGACUACGACGAGCUCAUGCUACAGCACGAGCGAGAUGCGAACAAGCAGAAGCGUCACAAGUUAGAGGAUCUACAUGCACAGGUCGCCUCUCUAACACUGGAACGCAACGAGGCUUUGCGUCAAAGUCAUCAACUUGAGGACCUUGCCGCACAAGUGUCGUCUUUGGCGCAAGAACGAGAUGAGAUCCUGCGUCGACAACGCCGGGAUCAAUUCGCUCUAGUGCUGAUUGACGGUGAUGAUGUACUUUUCAACGACAGCUACAUCAGCGAUGGCAUGACAGGCGGCGCACGUGCGGCUAAGGACCUGUACGCUGCGAUUGUCCGUCAUCUGAAACCAAGGGGCGACUACGAGCACGACUAUAAGAUCCAGCUUCGCAUCUUUCUCAACCUCGCUGGUCUGGCUGGGACGUAUACGAACGCUCAGAUCAUUCCUGAUUCAAGCGUCUUCGGCAAGUUUGUGCAAGGAUUCAACCGGAAGGAGCUCUUCGAGGUUGUCGAUGCUGGGAACGUCAAGGAGGCAGCCGAUAUCAAGGUCAGAGAAACAUUCAACCUCUUCCGUCGAAAUGUCCACUGCACAGAGAUAAUUCUGGGCUUCUCCGGUGACAACAGCUAUGCGAACUUCCUUCACAACAUCUUGCCUACGGAUCCGAAUGGCUUUCAUCUGUCUUUACUCAGAGGCCGAGAAUUUGCUAAGGCUCUGAGGCCCCUGAGCGAGCAAGUCGAUGUUAUCGCCUUCCCAGAAAUCUUUCGUGUCACGGCACUUGAUGUCCGUAAAUCAAGAUCGCGACGUGGCCAAACACCGCAGACAUCGGAGACAAAGCGGAUGGUGCCCGAACCUCAGCCUGAGACGAUUCCAAUGCAGGAUCCCCACGAUACUGAUGCUUUAUUCGAUGCGGUCAUCAAAGUUGCUAUUGGAGCCGAGGCUGCAGCCGUCAAGGAGACUGAGCCAGAGCCUAUGCGCGAGGCCUCUCCUGAGCCCAAGCCAAACGUCAGUUUCCCGUAUUUGAGCUCGCUCUUUGCGCCGGGCUGCGAGGUUGUCGUUGCUCCCAAGGCCCCAGCACCCGGGUUGCAGGCUCACGCUGCCACACCUAAGACAUGGGCUAGCAUGUUGGGCGGCUCCGGGCCUGCGGUGUCGGUUCUUCCUGUGCAAGCUGCUGCUCCGUCGCGACCCAGAUCGCAGGAGCCCAUUCCACCAAUCCGAUCACCAGCCCGACGUUCGAUCACCCCUUCCAAGAAUGAAGCGGUAUACUACGUCAAUGCACGGGGCCAGCGUCUCGAUAUUGAUAUCGAGGAUGUGGAGGACGACUUGCUUGAGCUGAUGGGCAACCGGGAGGGCAUGAGGGCGGUGCUGGGUACUCCUUCUUACGAGAGGAAGUCAACCCGGUCUUCCGCUGAUACUGGUCGUCUACCCACGAAACCUGCGACCGAUGGUCUGUCUGUUCUGGCAACAUAUCAGCCUUCGAAGACUCUAGGCCCCGAUCCAGUAUUCUACAUUAAUGCAUUCGACCAGCGAAUCGACGUCGACAUCGAGGACGUCGAUGACGAAUUGCUGGAAACAACAAGUCAGUUGGGGCUCUGCCUCCGCCACUAUCUGGAGUGGUGCUACGAGCCACUCAGGGAGGGCUCGUGUUCAAUAGGCUGGCACGGCGACUCGGAGCUGUUUGCUACCGGAAAUGGAAAAGGGGCCUUGCGAUCGCUAGCGCGGCUCACGCCGUGUCCAUUCGGUACAGCUUGUCGGAAGGAAGAUUGCAUCUGGGGACACGAAUGUCGGGGCGAUCCGUGCAAGAAGCAACACUGUGCUUUCGGAAAAAAGAUGCACAAUGUCAGCCGGCAGGGCUUGCGGGCGGCCAGGCUUCAGAAUGGGCCUGGAAUUGGCUUCGAUGUCAUUCCGGCUACGCAGAACUUCGAGGGACGACAGCUAAGUGGGAUCAGCCAGGUUUCGGUAGAGGCGCGCAACCUACAUAAGGAGCGUCAUAUGCAGCAGGCGGGAAGCGACUCAGUGAAAAGCAAGCCGAAGAAGGAGAAGAAGAACAGCGAGUGGAUCAAGGCUCUCAACGAGAGUCGCCGGAUGGCCACUGGGUGA